AUGGCCAACCCGAAAGUGUUUUUCGACAUGACCGUCGACGGACAACCGGCCGGCAGGAUCGUCAUCGAAUUACGAAAAGACGUUGUGCCAAAAACUGCUGAAAAUUUCCGUGCCUUGUGUACUGGAGAAAAAGGUUACGGUUACAAAGGUAGUGUUUUCCACCGUGUCAUCCCUAACUUCAUGUGCCAAGGAGGUGACUUUACCAAUCAUAAUGGCACUGGAGGCAAAUCCAUUUAUGGUGCCAAGUUUGGUGAUGAAAACUUUACCCUUAGACAUACUGGACCCGGUAUUUUAUCAAUGGCUAAUGCUGGUCCAAAUACCAAUGGUAGUCAAUUUUUCAUCACUACAGUCAAGACUACAUGGCUAGACGGUAAACAUGUGGUUUUUGGAUCUGUUACUGAGGGUAUGGAUGUCGUAAAAAAAUUAGAGAGUUAUGGAACUGAUACAGGAGAGACCAAAAAGAAAGUUGUUGUAGCUAAUAGUGGAGAACUUUAA